CACACAGAUCUCUCCACCGCGAAGAACAGUGCCUCCUGCGUUCUUCACCAUCUGCAAAAUAUCUCGCCCCCUUGCGCUCGCCCGGAAAGACUAGGGUUUCAGGGUUCUCCUCAUUCGGAAUCAGUCUGGGACUUGCCCUUCAAAUUUGACUGGAGACAGAGCCGUCCUCCCCCGGCCCAUCCACGGCGGCCACCAUUUCUGUCCCGUUCUUCUCAAUCGGCAUAUCUCCGCUGGUUGGUUCGUGUCCAGCACUCUGGAUACUCAGUCCCAACUAGCACUCGAUGGAGGAUCUCCCGGAGGCACUGCUGGCAGAGAUCGUCAAGAGGGUUAUCAAAAGAAGUGACUUGAAUUCUCUUUCCCUUGUCUCCAAGCGUCUCUUCGCCAUCCAGGCUGAACAAAAGGGAUCCAUCCGGGUUGGUUGUGGCCUUUGCCUUGCCACUGAAGCUUUGGUGUCACUCUUCUCCCGGUUCCCCAAUUUGUGGAAAGUAGAGAUCGAUUACGCUGGCUGGACACCUUCCCACGGGGAUCAGUUAGACAACCAUGACCUCUUUGUGAUUAUAUCUUGCUGUCCCUCUCUGACCGAUCUCACACUAAGUUUCUGUUCACAAAUCGAUGACACCGGUCUUGGUUAUCUAUGCUACAGCGAGAAAUUGACUUCCCUCAGGCUGAACUCUGUACCUGAAAUAACUUCUAGUGGACUUCUCUCGGUCGCAGUUGCUUGCAAGAGUCUGUCUUCCCUCCACCUUAGCAACUGUGAGAAAGUAGGCAGUACCGAGUGGCUGGAGUAUCUAGGCUUGAAUGGAUCAUUGGAAGAACUUGUACUCAAGAAUUGCAGUGGAAUCAGCCUGUAUGACCUCAUAAUGCUCGGUCCAGGAAGGAUGAAGCUACGCAAGUUUGAAUUUCGAAUGGGUGGAUUAUGGGAUGUUCAUGAGGGAUAUGGUCAUAUGGAAAUCGAUGGUUAGUCAUGAAACUGACAAUUGAUGUUCCAUGAUUGUUGUUUGGUUUAUGAGCAGUUAAUUUUGGGGAAAUUGCCAGCGAGAAGAAUGAGAUUUCGAGGGUCUUCUAGUUGACUAUUUUCUUUGAGAUGUCUUGCUGUAAUAUCUGUCAGCAGGAGACUUAAUAACACGGCAAAUUAUUGGAGCUUUCAUCAAUGAAAAUGUAAACAUCCUGGACCGUUACAGUGGAAAACAGUACAAGAAUGCCAGCCAUGCAGUUGCUCUGGCUAGUGCUUGGCCUAAGAAGCAGGAGGGACAUGCAGAUAGAAAACUAAUUCAUGGUACUUUAUCCCUUGGUAAUUCUAUUACUUUGCUGUAACAAAUGUAAGAAGGCAUGGUCAGUUGUUCUGCUAUGAUGGCAUUCAGGAUCCCAUUAAAGAACAAUUCAUUACAAGACUGUUGAUCACUUCUUUCCACGGAUUAUUCCAGAUGCAGAAGUAAACUCAGAAGGAUGAUAGAAUGGUACCAUCCUCAAAUGGUAUGGGGUGCACAGCCCUGAAAGUAUGGAAUUAGUAUACACUGGUGGUUUUCCCAUGUUACUUGAAGGCUAUCAUCUUUUAUGGAGCAGUCUACUCUCGGAAGGUAUGCAUGACAGUCUCCGUUGUUUUAUGAUGCCUAAGUGGACCUUAUUUUGCAUGUGUGAUCAGGCUUCACCUUUUGUCGAAAAAAUCAGGCUUCACCUCUUUAUAAGACAAAUUCUCCUAUUCAAUAUUCCAGCCAAAAAUGGGAGAAUUAACAACACGAUCGGUUUAAGUGGCAGGUGCUCACGGUCUUCAUCAGCUAGUUGCCCAUGGGGUCAGUGGUAAGAUGUAGCUGAAGAAAGCUCUCUGUAUUCUGCAAUUGUAUGAAAUUUGGGCAGCCAUGUGGGUCCCAGAAGGCAAAACAAAAAGCUAUUGAGAUGAUGCUUGAUAAGUUAUUGCAAAUUUUCACUGUGGUUUGCAGCUGUUAUGUAGUCUAGACAAUAUAAAAAUAACCACUAGGGAAAAUAUAAUCUGCUUACUUAGUGUAAACUAAAUUAAUUGCUACGUAAUUGCUAUAUUGUUGUACUAAUUCCUAGUUCAAAUUGGAUCUUCAUCCUGACAGGAAAUUUAGAAUGUUUUAUUGUAUUUGCCCAUCAUUUCUGUAUGUCAUAAUAAAUGAAGUUGCCCAAAUGAGAGGCUGAUUUUAUGA